AUGGGACUUCAACUCUACAGAGACAAAUCUAUCUGUGCCAAUCCCUUUGGAAUUCAAAACGAGAUAGUUCAAGUGGUGCGUCCAGAAGGGGAAGUCUUGAUGUUGGAUCAGACGGCUACCACCAGUUGGCUCGCCUUGACUCAGCACACUCAAGAUUCCGAGCUUUCACACGGUGUCAAAGAGACACCGUCAAUCAUGCCUACUUCAGACUCGACGUCCAUCAGCAUCCAGGGUCCUGAUCUUGAGAAGACGGCGUUUCUCCUUCCAGGAUCGCAAGCCCACGCUGGAUACGGAGAAUUCCGAUCUCUAAGUUUGGAUUCGUCAUAUCCUGCAUCACCACCUGCGUAUGUGCCUAAGCUCUUGCCACGUUCCUUACCAGCUCCCAUCCCCAUUCCAAAGCGAGCGUCAUCCAACUCUCGUAAUUCAUCUUUCUCGAAUUCCAGAGACAGCGCGGCCUCUACCCCCACCUUUAUCCCAUCAUCGGGUUCUCCGAAACUUUGGCAGCGUUUAACCCGCGCUACUUCUCGCAAUGCCCUAGGCCAAGAGCCACCUGCCAAAGAGAAGACAAUGAGCGGGUUAUCACGCAUACUCAACAAACGGAACUCCGCUUCCUUAGCUCGACGCCCUACCCCAUAA